AUGAAGUUCACUCUCGCUACCGUCACUGGCCUCUUCGGUGUUGCUGCCCUCGCUGCCCCGGCGCCCCAAGAGACGGAAGAGCCUCGCCCGUACGAGAACAUCGACAUCGCCGACCUUUCCGUCCGCAAGCAGCAAAAUGGAACAGUCACCAACGUCAGCUUCCUCCUCUCUGGUAACAACGCUACAGAUCUGGCCUGCCAGGGUGCGACCGGCGUUCCCUCCGAUGUGAUCACCUGCGGCGAGUCCAAGUACCGCUUCACGAUCCGUCCAGGCAAGGAGACCGAGUUUGCGCUGCGCAUCUACCACGAGCUUGGCCUUGCUUUCGGCUACUGGGGCGAGGGCGAUGUUUUCACAUACUGCCACGCCGGUGGCCUUGGAGACUUGCUCUGCAACCAGGUCAACCCUACGACGAUUGUUAUUGACAGCACUCCCCCACCUGUCAACCCCUAA